AUGAGGACUAUCUUAAUAGACAAGGAUGAAAAGAUUUGUAAGCUGUGGCAAGUCCAAUUGAAAAAAUUUCAGAAUAUACAUCUCCAAAAAGAUAAGAGUUCCUAUCAUGAUAUUACCAUAUAUAACGGUACCUUAAAUAAUCUAUUAUAUAAAUUGAAAGAACAAAAUAUCUCAAAUAAGAGAUUAGCACUAGUUUCGCCUGGAAAUUCUUUUGGCUAUUUAGGUGGUGGAUUUGAUUUAGGAAUUAGAAAUUAUUUCGGUGGCAUUGAAUUUGAAGAUUGGUUUCGUAAGAAAUUGGAUUUUAAAUAUCACCAAAUAGGUGAUAUUACGACAGUGUCGUUAAUAGAAUGGUACGAACUACUAACUAAGGAAAAGGAAUUUCACAGAGAUAUAUCUUUCCAUUAUAUUAUCCAUGUUCCCACAGUCAUAACCCCAGUUGUUAGCUCUGAAUUAUCUCGACUUGAUAGAAAGCCAGUCACAGAUGGAUAUGGUACUGUAUUUAAUGCGGCAUGGGGUGCAUUCAUGAAUGUUCCAAAUGAGGCAGAUGGACUUGUCCUCCCAGGUUUAUGCUGCGGAUAUGGCGGAAUCCCUAUCGAGGUGAGUGCAAAAGCUAUGGCAUUCGCUAUUAGAUUAUAUUACUUGGCCAAAUAUAAUGAGAAGAUUUCUAAAGAGCUUCCUGGUGCAUUGGUGAUGUGUUUUUUGGGAUGCCCAUAUUCUCCAUUCCUAGGUGAUUUAGGACUUGCUUCAAAAGGGCAAUGGUCAUUCAAAGAGGAGUGUGCUAAUGCUGGUAUCGAUUUCUACGCCGCAAGAAACUUUAAAGCAGAUACUGAUAGUCUCAAUCUUUUAUUUCCACCACAUUGGUAA